GACAGACGCUUGAGCAACGCGUCCAAUUUCUCCUCCCGCACAGGAUUCAUCUAGGCCCGUAACAUCUGCCGUCCGACCGCCCACAACUCGAUCCUCCGUCGACCCGAGAGACGCGGUCGCCACAGGCAGUACAACUGACCUGAUCGACUGCACCCGGCGCGGGUGCAGCAUCCCGCGCGAGCGCAAUGCCCGAGAAACGCCGCGUACUCGUGCGGUACAGCACCUCGACGCCCUCGAGACACCCCCGCUUACACGACGGCUGCCAGCCACAGACACCUAUCUCGCCCCCAGGCCCUCCCAUCCAAGACCACUACCUCCCCACCCCUCGAACACCCGCCAGGCAGGAGAGCACAACCCUUCCACCCCGUCCCGCGGCCCCAGACACGACUGACGGCACCCGUCCUCGCACGCCCUCUUCCCCGGAGGCACCGCCCCGGCGGGCGUGCCACUCGCUCGCCCGCUACCACGCCCGCCGGUGGUACACGGAGCUGACGUACCACCAGCGCAGCGCGACGCGCGGGCGCUCCUCCAGGUCGGCCCCGGCGUUGCUGAUGUUGCUGCUGCUGCUGCUGGCCCCCGUCGAGAGCCUUGACGCCGUGCCAGGUCUCGGGGAGACGUGGGAUGGGCCCGGGGCUGCCGUCGUCAAACCAUUGUCCUGGCUAAACCACGAGUGAAGUUGAUGCACAGAGCAAUUAGUCAUGCAGCCGAGCGAGAUUGGAAAUUGGCCAUGCUCUUGGGCUCCCAGAUUGGUCCAUUUGUAGAUGGAAUCAUUUAGGAAUACCCCAUACGUGGUAGCAUGCACGAUCUCUACCGUCGGUUCGGGGUCAUGACCUCUUUGUUGCUCAAUGUUAGGUAACCCUGUUUGCUCUC